AUGGCCCCCACACAGCCGGCAUCAGGCUUAGGCUGGGGCUCGGUGGUGAACCUCCUCACAAAAGCCAAAGAGGACCUGGAUAGUCAGAGUAAGAGAAUUGGGCCAAACCUGAAUUUUCUUCGUAAUUUGGGCCAGACCUUCUUGGAUGAUGGGCUGGUGGACGACAGAACAUACCUGUACGAGGAUAUCAUUCGCCUAGCAGCCUCCCUUCCCAACGGGUCAGGCCUGCGAGAUGAGCUUUCUGGUCAGUUCAUCAAGACGCUAUGGGGUAAUCUCGAGCAUCCGCCAAUCUCUUACCUGGGCGACCAAUUCAAAUAUAGAACUGCAGAUGGGUCUUAUAACAAUAUCAUGUAUCCGCAGCUUGGCGCUGCGGGCAGCCACUACGCAAGAAGCGUCAAUUCGCAACAUGCCCAUACUCGCGCGCUCCCAGACCCCGGGUUGGUGUUUGACACGGUUCUUGCCCGUGAAGGAGCUGCUCGCCCACACCCGAACAAGGUUUCGUCGACUCUCUUCUACUUUGCUACUAUUAUCAUCCAUGACAUCUUCAGGACGUCCGACAUUGACAGCACAAUCGUCAAGUCAUCAUCGUACUUGGACCUAGGGCCACUGUAUGGCCAUAACCAAGCAGAGCAGGACCAAGUAAGGACUUUCAAGGACGGACUACUGAAGAAAGAUGUCUUCGCCGAAUACAGAAUACUUGCGCAGCCCCCUGGGGUCGGUGCCCUGUUGGUAUCGUUCAACCGAUUCCACAAUUGGGUAGCCGGUGAGCUCGCAGUGAUCAACGAGAGGGGAAAAUUCAGUCUCCCUGCUGGAUUGAAGGAGGGUGAUGAGGGCUACGAGCCUGCCCUGAAGAAGAGAGAUAACGACCUUUUCCAAACAGCGAGACUGGUCACCUGCGGGCUUUACGUCAAUAUCAUUCUAAACGAUUACCUCCGGACGAUCCUCAACUUGAACGACAAUACGUACGGAUCUGAUUGGAGGCUCGAUCCUCGCGAAGCCUUUGAGAGCAUAUUCGAUUCCCAAGGUACACCGCGAGGCAUUGGUAACCAGGUUUCGGCCGAGUUUAACUUCGUGUAUCGUUGGCAUGCCGCCGUGUCAGAUCGUGAUGAGGUAUGGCUACAGGAAUUCAUAACCAAAAUCUUCGGUAGCGACGUGAAUCCGGACACUCUCAGCACCAAAGAAUAUCUGGGAAAACUGAGGGAUUGGUUCCAUAACAACAUCCCUAGAGACCCCGCCGCAUGGACGUUUGGUAGCUUGAAGAGAACAGAGGAUGGUGGUUUCAACGACGAGGAAUUGGUCGAGCUUAUCAAAUUGGGCACUGAGACCGUUGCCGGUGCCUUUGGCGCCAGAAACACCCCAAAGGCGUUGAAGGCGAUCGAAGUCCUUGGCAUCCAGCAGGGCAGAGACUGGGGUAUCGCCACCCUCAACGAGUUCCGGCAAUUCUUCAAGUUGAAGCCAUUCACCUCGUUUGAGGAGGUGAAUUCUACCGAAGCAGGUGUCGCUGAGGCCUUGGAGGCAUUGUAUGGCCACCCCGACAACAUCGAGCUAUACCCAGGACUCAUGGCGGAGCAGGCCAAGAAAGUGUUUGCUCCAGGCUCCGGCCUGUGCCCUGGCUUUACAAUCUCAGAAGCCAUCCUUUCGGAUGCAGUGGCGCUCGUUCGAGGCGAUCGAUUCUACGCCCACGAAUACGGUCCCCUAAGUCUCACAAGCUUCGGCUUCAAGGCUGCCAGUUCCGACUUCAACGUCGCCGGUGGCGGCGUGAUGUACAAGCUUCUGAUGAGGGCAUUCCCAUCGUUUUAUCGCUCCAACAGCGUUUAUGCCCUUUACCCGUUCAGCACACCGGGAAAGAUCAAGGAGAUAUUCAACUCUGGGGCAUCGCCUGUGCAACCCCUGACUUAUGAUCCACCUACCUCCAUUGGCGCCGCGGUCCCCGUGGUCUCGUGGGAGGGCGUAAAACAAGUCGUGCGUGAGCAGGAUAAGUUCAAGGAUGCUUAUGGUCCACAUGUAGCCCAGCUUACUCGAGACAACCUCAAGAGCGACCCGCACGCGGCGAACAGCGAUAGUCCCAGUUUGACUGAAGUGCGGUCUUUAUAUGAAUCGCUGACGUCGAAGUUUCUGCAGCGAAAUUCUCACAAGCUUGGUACUUCUUAUCAAGUCGACAUUGUUGGAGACAUUGGCAACCUAGUCCAUUCCGAGUUCAUUGCUCGUUAUUUUGGCAUUCCCCUCAGGGCUGAGAAAUCAGAUGCCUUGGUAAACGGCUCUUCGGCACAUUCAUUUACGGCUAGCAGUCUGUACGAAGCCCUGGCUCGGUCGUUUGAGUAUGUUUACCGGGAUGUCGACACCACGAAGUCCUACAAGAACCUAGCGAUUGCCAAGAAAGAGGCUUCUCCGCUCCAAGAUGCCGUUCGUAAGCAGGUGCGCGGCAUAAAAGAUGGUGAAGGCAGCCUCAAACAGCUCGUCCGCGCAUUCUUCAACGGGGGCGCUGCCACAUCUGACGCCGGUAGCCUAGAGCGCUUCGGCCGAGACUUUAUCAAGGGAGUGGCAGAGAGCUCACGUGGGGGGAAUGUUGAGGGGGUUGUCUGGAUUAUCAUCUUGCUGGCCGCGGAAUCUUGUGCCACACAAGCUCAGGCUUGGGCACAACUCGUCAAUUUGUAUCUUUCGGAUGAGUACAAGCACCAUUGGGGUGAAAUUGAACGACUCGCCUCCUCUGAAGAUUCCAAGUCCUUCGACUUAUUGAAACACUAUGUUCUAGAAGGCUUCCGCCUUGCUCCUCCAAUCUCUGGCGCUUUGCGCGUGGUGUCUGCAACGACGACGCCUGUGGCCGUGCCGUCAGCACCUGCCCCGCUAUCGCCGCGAUCCACCGUAUUUGCCAACUUCAUCGCCGCUGGAAGGGAUAAGAGCAAAUUCCCUGACCCUGAAGAAAUCAAGCUCGACCGUCCUUACGAGUCCUACAUACACGAAGCUUGGGCCUCACACUCUCCCUUUGGGCCGGCUUUCGUUGAAACGGCCACGACGGCCAUGCUACGCCAAUUUGCUCGCCUCUGCUCCACCGUGACGCGAGCGCCUGGCGAGGCUGGCGAGAUGAAGCGGAAGCUGUAUAAUGAAGCGUUCCCAGUUUUCCUAUCCGAGAAUGGGACCGAUUGGGAAACUCUGCCUGUUGCCAAGAAAGUCGUCUUCGGUGGCUUCCGUGGCGCACAGCAGAAUGGUUCCGCGAAACAGAAUGGCGCCGCAAAUGGUCGCCGCAAGACCAGUUCUUAG